AUGGCGCCAACCUCAGAAUCUUCUGGGCGGCCGCCCGCAAAUCAUUUUGGUAAACUGCACGAGGGUACUGAGGACGUGCUCCGCGAUGCGAGAGCGAGGCCGGAGUUUCAAAGCGCCGAGGAUGAGGCCAAGGAGCAGAGGAUAUCUCAAUUGAUGGUGGAUCAAAUGUCAAUGCCAAUGACCGUCAAUGAGGUUUCGGUCACGGGGGCCAAGAACAUUCGGCGGGGCUUUCUCGAUCCUAUACUGAAUCCCUUACUGAGUGAUAGCCAAGAUCCUCCGUAUACCGUUGGCGAGGUGCUAUCGAGGCUGCAGAUAGCAACUGGGAAGCUCAGUGGACUGCAAAUCCUGAGAGAGCCUCCACAGGUCUACCUGUCCCAAUCGAGUCAGGUCGAUGCUUCGACAAGUCCUACUGAUGUGGACAUUUCCAUCGGAUUACGCGAGCUACCCCGAUUCAAGCUUCAAACGGGCACGGAUGUUGGAAAUGGCGAGGGGUCUGCAUACGGUUCUUUGCUAUGGCGGAACAUGUUUGGCGGAGCUGAAAUGCUCACGCUCAAUGCAAAGGCAGGCACUCGUACACGUUCCGCCUACAGCGCAAAUCUAAGUGCUCCCGUACUCAGCAACCCAGAUAUGCGCAUUUCGUUGGAGGCGCUGUCUUCAGCCGUGGAAAAGCCCUGGGCGUCGCACGAGGAAGUCUUGAAAGGAGGUACGGUGCGCUUUUCAUGGCUUAACCGCCAACGAGAUACACACUCUGUCGAGUAUUCAGGAUCAUGGCGACAGAUUACGGGCCUUACGGCUGAUGCUAGCCCUACUAUCAGACAAGAUGCUGGCGAUACGAUCAAGAGCGCCAUCAAGCAUGUGUUCUACAGGGAGAGGCGAGACAACCCUCAGCUUCCGCAAAGUGGCUAUAUGAUACGAACUGGCCUAGAACUAGCUGGCGUUGGGCCUCUGAGUGGCGAUGUUGCCUUUUCCAAGGGCGACUUGGAAAUCAGUGGUGCCGUCCCUAUUCCUCUCCCUGGUGUUAAAGGACCCUCGGGAAUCUCUAUUGGAGCCGGAUUCAGAACGGGCCUGCUCUACCCAUUGCCGCUUGGAUACAAUUUUGGUGGCAAAGCUCUGCCCAGCCGUCUUAACGACCGUUUCUUGCUCGGAGGGCCAACGGACAUUCGUAGCUUUAAGCUUGGUGGACUAGGACCGCACGAUGGCCGGGAUGCCGUGGGUGGAGAUGCGUUCGCUGCUGGCAGUGUCAACAUGCUCUUUCCCUUACCCUACAAGGGGCCUGAUUCUGGCCUCCGAUUUCAGCUCUUUGCAAACGGAGGUCGUCUGGUUGCCCUGAAGAACAAGCUAAAGUCUGAGGGCACGUCCGACGGGCUAAGUGGUGCAAUGGUUCGUAAUGGUAUGCUUGAUGCUGUUGGAGAGCUAUUCAACGGGCCCCCCAGUUUUGCAGCCGGUGUUGGGCUUGUGUACGCCCAUCCCGUGGCGAGAUUUGAACUCAACUUUGGCUUGCCGGUGAUAGUCAGAAGGGGAGAGCUCGUCACAAAGGGGGUGCAGCUGGGAGUAGGCAUCAACUUUUUGUAA